ACUAGAGCCAACAUUUCUCAAACUCCAUCACUCAAAAAGCAAAACAUGACUUCAAAAACAGUUUCUUUGAUACUCCUCCUCUUCUCUUCUCUAACCUCCUUUCUCUCCAUUGCCAUAGCACAGGGCAGAGCCCCCCACGGGCUGGCCAACGUGAACCCAGUGGCUUUCUCUCCAUCUGCCUAUGAGUUCUUCCAUCCCACAACACAAAAGCCCAAAUCCGUAGGCCCAUGCAGUACUGGGUCCAGUUGCUCGCCGUUGCCUUUGGCGGCCCAAGUAGAUGCCACCAACAAAGCCCAAGAGAGGAAAACAAUGGCUUCCCACAGUGGUGGGUCCGGAUUGGGAGCUGGUGGGGUUGCUGGGAUUGUGUUUGGCAUAACAUUUGCUGUGUUACUAGCAAUGGGUGUUUACUAUGUGGUUGCUACUCGGCGACAAAACUUGAGUCUAGCGAAGACUGUUCAACCUGAUGCUUGAGUACAUUAAGGACAAUGCUAUAGGCCACCGGUGGUUCUGAACACCGUCCACUAAUAAAAGAUAAAUCCAGCAAUACGAGCUUAAUUAUAAGUGGGAUUGAGUUUCUAUGAGUCGUAGUAUUUAACUCCGACGCUGUCUCGAAGCAUUUUUCUAUUAAAAAAAAUGCUGCAACUCUCCAUGCAUCCCGUUUUUAUUGUUUUUCUCCUCCUUCAAUUCUUCUUUUUAUUAGUUCUUGUAUUUAAUCAGGUUAUGGCGCUUAUGGAAUGUAUCUAUAGAUCUAUUAGUUUGUAUUCAAUUCAGGUUAUGGUCCUUGUGUACUGUAUCUAUAGAUGAUAUUAGUAAUCAAGUGUUAGUUCCCAUGUGACCUCUAUUU